CCCCUAUCCCUUAAAAAACGAACGGUCCCUGAGGUUGCGCAGAAUGACCGAAAGUCCGCGAAUUCGAAACAGACUAGAGGCCAGGGGCCCAGCUGUUCAAAGCAUAAUUAAGCUAACUCUGGGUUAGAGUGAAAUUUUAGUCCAAUUUUGUUACUGUCCAAUAAAAAAAUUUCCAAAAGAUUUUCCGCCUUAUGUUUUGAGUUGAACUGAACCUAACUUUAAGCGUAAACUUUGAUUUUCCGAACCUUCUCAAUGAGCGAGAUAAAAACUUUGGUUAUCUCUUAAUCCUGGGUUAGCACUAAUCGACUUUCGAACAACCGGGCCGGGAGGUCGUUAUUCGUGGUGCUGACCGAAAGAAACGCGGCCUCUGGGGACGAGAAUGAGACAAACCAUGACAACUACGUCUGGGCCGUCCAGAUCACGUCAUUCAGCAGACGGUACCCAUUUCUGCUACGGAAGUGAAAGCAGUUCAGUUUCCGCUUCAGAGCGUUUCUAAACGCAAGAUUUGUUCUUUUGUCUCGCUGUUUGCAAUAUCUACUGAGAGUCAAGAAGAGAACAAUGAGCGACCUGGAACGUGGGGAGGAGGUGCCACUUUGUAAGGACAAGGUCCGUGUGAGAUCUAAACCGCUACUUCGUAAGGACAAGGUCUGUGUGAGAUCUAAACCGCUUUUCGUCACAUGCGCUGUGUUGAUUCUCCUGCUCCGCGUGGUUGGGCUUUGCAUGUUUAUCAUCUGGGCAUCGGACUGUUUCAUCAGAGAAUUUCAGACCACGGCACUUUGUGAGGGAUUUUCCCUUUUUCCUGUUCCUAAGGUCUUUGCCAGUAUCAGGCUUUUCCUGUGUGCCUUAACUUCUUUUCUCUUGAUCUUGCAUAUUAGGUGCUUAAACCACUUCCCUGGAUUUCGUCGUAUUUUAAAGCACCUGGUCUGGAAAAAAUAUUUCUGGACACUCGUUGUGAUACUUUUUUUGGUGUGUGGCUACGACAUUUUGAUAAUUUCACAAGCGCAAGAAAAACUCAAAACUUUGCUGUACUUCUUUUACAUCUUUGAAAAGUCUUUGGGGGUUGCAUUGGCACUCUGCUUGAACUUUCUUCCCUCAAAUGCAAGUGGUCUGCCUCAAAAGAAAUCUGGCCUAAAGGUUUGGCUCUACAUAGUAGCUUUAAUCGUGUACGCACUCGAGGAUUACACAAUGUUUAUUCUUGGUUCGACAAUUGCUGUUCAGAACGUCCUUAGUGUGCCACAUACUGCGAACAAUGAAGAUUCACCUGACAUAGCAGCCGUUGCGAGUUUGAUGCUCUUGAUAAUCAACAAUGGUCUGAGGUAUUACUUAGCCGAUUUCUUUUCUUCAAAGUGUUUUGACCUAGAUGUGGACAUCUUGGGAGGUGGAACAAAGAGCAUCUCGGAAAGCCUUGCACAACCAGCUACGGUGAACCAGGCUCGAGAAAAUAACGAGGCAUCUAGUCAAAUGACAACCCCUUUGUGAAUGCAGGGAGAAAUUUCAAGAACAAGAAGAAGUAGCUAGAAGUGCCUUCCGACAACAUUUUCAGCGAACAGCCAACGGAACUAUCCGCAGGCCUUACAGCCUUAUUUUGCUAUGUAAAUAAAUGUUUCCAUGAGACAGACAGAAUUUGUAUUUCGACAGGCGUUCAAUUGGAAAAAGGGUCAUAGUUACACACUGCUGGAAACUUAAGAAGUGGAAGGUUGUUGGAUAGACAAAACUUUGAGAGUUAUGACGUUAGUACUGGAAGGCAGUUGUACCUCGCCUUAGCAUACUUAUUAGCGUUACAGAAUAGAGGCAUUGUAAGCAUAAUUUGGAGCAUUCACAGUUGUUCAAACGAUAUGUUUUAUUGUGAUUCGAAGUUUGGAAUAACCUUCCAGUUUUUCUCAGACAGUUUAAAUCUCAUCAAAAUAGCCAUACUCAUACUCAGUGAUUUAGCUUACCUUUUAAGUGAAAAGCGAUGUGUUCUAUGCCAUAAAUACGUUUUAUCUUUACAAACUAGGAAUAAUCAAUCAUGCUAUGUGCUUCAACGCAAUAUCGAUGCGUUAGUGUUACAUUCGGCUGCUGAAGUAUCUCAAGUACGUUAAAAGGAACAUUUAAUCCAGAGCUUAGCUGUUAUUUAGCCCGUCACCUUUUAUCGUAAAUUACUUGUUUAAAUUAGUUUUGUCCGAUAAACUUUGUCACAUAUCUAUAAAUAUCUACUUGUAACAUUUUUAUGUAGAUUUUUAGUGUUAAGUUUGUUGCUUUAGCGUUGGAAUAAAUAUGUCGUGAGAGACCACUGAGCCAAGCUGAAGGAAGUCACCUCAGAGAGGUAGGCCUUACAGUGGUGUCGGUUGUCAAAGAGUUGACCAAACUGGUUGGUUAGUUAGAAAACAAGGCCUUUCAUGGUUACUAGGGUUGCCCCGGUUGAUCCAUGCAGGCUUAGUUCAAAGUAAAAUCUUUCACCUGAUCUAAAAGGGUACGGAACCUGUUUUGCAUUUUAUAUAACACUCGGCCUCUGAGAAGCUCAAUAGUUUUUAGCUUUUUUAAAGCGCUAUGUUGUUGAGUUUGGAAUUGUAGCUGUCGUUUUAAGUAGUUGAUUUCGGUGAUGACACUUUAAUCCAUGUAACUGGAUUCCAAAACGUCGCAUGAAAAAAUAAACUAUUGUUAUGGUUAGUGUUAACAUUAUAAACGUGACUUGCAAUAUUCCGAAUUUCCUGGAAGUAAUGUCUAAGCCAACUUUUCCAGUCAUCUUGUUGUAUGACGUCAUACAUCACCGCCAUCUUUUCAGGAGCUAUGUUUCAUGUUUCAGGAGCAGCAAGCCACCAUCUCGGAGCUCUGAAGCAAUACAUCGCCGUAAUCUUGAAAGUUUGCGUGAACGCGUAUAAAUAGCUUGUGUCUGCUUUUGUCAGUUUCACUCAUUAAACAGUGGCAACAAUAUGACUUUA